AUGGCAUCUACACUGCCCCGCCUACCCAUCUUCGAAGCCAUCAAGAAACAUGAUGGACAAAGCACGGCUGUUGUUCACUCUCUGUCGGGGCGCUCGUUUACGUACGGCGAGCUUGUGAACGAUGUCGCUGCUGCAAAGGAUAAACUGCAACGGAACUGCGGUGGGCAGAGCGCAGAGGGCCAACGGAUAUCCUUUCUGGUGGAAAACGGAUACGACUAUGUAGUGACCCUACUGUCCAUCCUCGCCGCACACGCUAUCGCCGUACCGCUAUCGCCGACCUUCCCAGCUCACGAGUUGCGAUAUAUCAUAGAUCAGAGCGAAUCUCUCAUGCUUCUCUCGUCUGAGAAGUUCCAGAGUCAAGCUGACGAUGUGCUGAAAGAGAAUAUGAAAACCAAGCCCAUCAACUACAAGCAGGAGAAGAUAAUGAUGGGCAAGACGGAUGACUAUGUCACGCUGGAGGAACCCACAAGCGACAAGGGCGGCAUGAUGCUAUAUACGUCUGGCACAACAAAUAGGCCAAAAGGCGUUCUGUUGCCCCAAGACGUACUAACGGCUCAGUCGCGAUCGCUGCUGGAAGCUUGGAACUACAGCAAAGAGGACGUGCUGUUACACGUACUUCCCCUACACCAUAUCCACGGCACCAUUAAUGCGCUGCUUACGCCUCUCUUUGCUGGUAGCACUAUCGAGUUCCAGUUCCCCUUCAACGCAACGGCUGUAUGGGAUCGCCUGGCGGCUCCUUUCCUACCGAACCCCGACCCAGUCAAGAAGCCCAUCACCUUCCUGACUGUCGUCCCGACUAUAUAUACACGCCUGCUCGCAUCUCACCCUACCCUCUCGCCUGAACUCCAAGCCGCGACCAAGACCGCUCUUCACCCAUCCAAUAUGCGCCUAAACAUCUCGGGGUCCGCUGCCCUUCCUACACCAGUAAAGUCAGCGUGGACGGAGCUUAGUGGAGGCAACGUGCUGCUAGAGCGAUAUGGCAUGACCGAGGUAGGCAUGGCGCUUUCAUGUGGGUUACGUUUCACAGAUCGCGUAGACGGCUCCGUGGGCUGGCCGCUCCCUUCGGUGCAAGCGCGUUUGGUAGAUACCGAGAAUGGAGAAAUCAUAGAGGUAGGCAAAGAAGUCGACCCUGCGACAGGACGCGAGCGCCAGGGUGAGAUACAGCUGCGUGGUCCAACCAUCUUCAGAGAAUACUGGAAGAACCCUGAAGCAACUCUCAAAGAGUUCACAGAGGACGCGGACGGACAGGGGAAAUGGUUCAAGACUGGCGAUGUCGCUGUUCGAAGGAACGUUGACGGAGCAGGCAAGAGCGAUCAAGCAUGGGCUAAGGGACCUCUCUACUUUAUCUACGGGCGUAAAUCAGCAGACAUCAUCAAAACCGGUGGUGAGAAGGUCUCCGCUCUUGAGAUCGAACGCGAGAUGCUUUCGCUUCCGCAGGUCGACGAAGUCGCCGUUGUCGGCCUACCAUCAGAAGCUUGGGGCCAGAAAGUCGCUGCUGUAGUAGUGCUUUCCGAACAAGGCAAGACCGCAGGAAAAGGAGGCAAAGCAUGGUCUGCAUUAGAUAUGAGGCGGGCGCUUAAGGAGAUUCUCGCAAACUACAAGAUCCCGCAAGAGAUGAAGGUUGUCGACUCCAUCCCGAGGAACGCAAUGGGUAAGAUCAACAAGAAGCAGCUUGUCAAGCAGAUUUGGGGUGAGGCUUUGGAGGGAACGAAAGAGAAUGGUGCAGUGCAGGUACCGAAUGGAAGUGUAUAG